AUGGCCAACACAAUCUGUUCAGCCAAGUCCGGAAACGAAUGGACUUCUAACGAGCUGGAAGCGUACAACAUCAGGACAUCCUCACCGCCGCCACCGCUGAUGACGCAGCCGACGACGCAUCCUAUAACCUCCUCACUCAACUCGAUCUCGCAAUGCCCUCCAAGUCGGAGGGAGUCAGCAGUCGUUGAUUUACUGUGGCACUUUUCCGCGCCCUUGGGUAUCUUCAUCGUCCUCGAGCAAUUCGCACUCGCAAAGAGUUGCAGCUCUUCAUAUGCGGUGAGGCCAAGUACGCCAACCCUGAUGUCUACAAAGAUGAUAAAUGUAAACACGAUCCGCACGCUCGACUCGUUGCAGCGGCCAUAG